AUGCCCCUGGUGCUAGGAGAGGACAGAAGGGGCCCAGGGAACGCCCAGCUGUUCCAUGCAAGGGAAAAGCGCGGCCAGUGGCGGAGAAAACCCAUGCGUUUAUCCCCUCCCACUUCGGCCAAAAACUUGAAUCAUGUGGGAGAUGCGAUUUCGGGAUACGCAUUUGGUGGCCACCUGCGAGUCAAGAGAAGCAUCGGUCUCAGCUGGUCGCCUGUCCUGUCCUUUCUCUGCCCUCCUACUCCCUCCAGCCCCGCCCCUCAUCGGCGGUCCCGGAGCAGACGCUGCCGAAGCCGCCGCUCCCCAGUAGGGAGCCCAUCCCGUACUGCUCCUGCAGGGCCUCCUCCGCCUUCGCUGCUGGCGAGACGCGUCUGUCAGCGUUCGGCCCGGCCUCACGGACGGCCUCCGAGCGCCGCGGGCCCGGCUUCGCUACCGGGUGCCGGCGGCCGGGCUGCCGAGCGGCGGAGCUCGGGCCGGGGGCCUGGGGAGGCGCGGGAGUGUCCGGAGCGCGUGUGUCCCCCCUGGAGCCGCGGCGAGCCAGGCGGAGCCCAGGGACAGUGGGACAGCUCCGGAGUCAGCCACUGCGGCCCGCCCAGCAGCGCCGGAGCCAGAACGGCCAGGGCCGGGCGGAGGCGAGACUGCGGCGGGACCGCCCGGGGCCGGGAGGGAGCGGCGGGGGAGCGGGAGGCCGCGAGAGGGACCCCGGCAGAGGGACAGGAGGAGGACGGGCAAGAGUGGGAGCGGGGCGGUAGAGGCGCCGCUGGCCGGAGCGCCGGGGCCGUUUGUCCGUCGGGCCGUUAGUCCGCGAGUCCGUUAGUCCGUGACUCUGUGUCCGUUAGUGCGAGUGUCCGUUAGUCCGUGACUCUGUGUCCGUUAGUCCGUGACUCUGUGUCCGUUAGUCCGAGUGUCCGUUAGUCCGGGUGUCCGUUAGUCCGAGUGUCCGUUAGUCCGGGUGUCCGUUAGUCCGGGUGUCCGUUAGUCCGUGACUCUGUGUCCGUUAGUCCGGGUGUCCGUUAGUCCGUGACUCUGUGUCCGUUAGUCCGAGUGUCCGUUAGUCCGGGUGUCCGUUAGUCCGGGUGUCCGUUAGUCCGUGACUCUGUGUCCGUUAGUCCGAGUGUCCGUUAGUCCGGGUGUCCGUUAGUCCGUUAGUCCGAGUGUCCGUUAGUCCGGGUGUCCGUUAGUCCGAGUGUCCGUUAGUCCGUGACUCUGUCCGUUAGUCCGGGUGUCCGUUAGUCCGUGACUCUGUGUCCGUUAGUCCGGGUGUCCGUUAGUCCGAGUGUCCGUUAGUCCGGGUGUCCGUUAGUCCGAGUGUCCGUUAGUCCGUGACUCUGUGUCCGUUAGUCCGAGUGUCCGUUAGUCCGAGUGUCCGUUAGUCCGUGACUCUGUCCGUUAGUCCGGGUGUCCGUUAGUCCGUGACUCUGUGUCCGUUAGUCCGAGUGUCCGUUAGUCCGUGACUCUGUGUCCGUUAGUCCGGGUGUCCGUUAGUCCGAGUGUCCGUUAGUCCGUUAGUCCGGGUGUCCGUUAGUCCGGGUGUCCGUUAGUCCGGGUGUCCGUUAGUCCGUGACUCUGUGUCCGUUAGUCCGUGACUCUGUGUCCGUUAGUCCGGGUGUCCGUUAGUCCGUGACUCUGUGUCCGUUAGUCCGAGUGUCCGUUAGUCCGGGUGUCCGUUAGUCCGUGACUCUGUGUCCGUUCCCCACCGGCCGAGCCCCGGGGCAGCACCGGCCGUGCAGGGCCGCUGAGUUGGGAGGGACCCGCCAGGCUCGUCCGUGCAUCAUUUAUGCAUCGUUUGAGCCUAAUUAAAGAUGGCGUGAUUGAUAAACUGACACUGGAUACCUGCCUCCCUUAGGUUUUUAAGUACCUAAUGAGGGGCUAGGCUAGAUGCCUUUAUGAGGGCUUACACACGUUAAUCUACACUUUCUUGAAUGUAAAAAUACUUAAUUGAUUGUCAGAAAUGUAACCGCGGUAAUGCAGAAACGUGCCACGAGAUGGCAAGUUAGGACUGCGUUAGGCACCUCAUACUCGCCUCAACUGCAGCGAGGCAGUCACCAGGAAAAACCAAAAUACGAUGACUGGGAUGGGGAAGGCGCGUUUACAAGAAGCAUUUUAUGAAAUGUAAUGUUCCUUUUCUCAAGAUUGAAAAUAGUUUUUAAUCUGUUCCUUUUCUCUGCCUUUAAACUUGCUAGGGUUCUCUGACACACGAGGGCUAUUUUCCACAGUAGGUUCUUGUUUGUUGGUUUUAAAAAGCAAAAAUAAAACCAGUUAAGACUAAAAUUGAGAUUCUGUUUCUUAAAUAUAUGGUGUUUUGGGAACUACUUAUUAAAAUAAAAAGUAAUGAA